AAUAUGGCGCCGUAUAGCCGUAGAGGUGUGGCUGCAAAGCUAGCUUACUAUUUCUUCCCGCCUAUUCCGAUGGAAGCACUAAAUUAAACACCACCCGCUUCAGCAAUGGAGUACAUUUUCUCCAAUUAUGAAAAAAUUAAAAUUAAAUAUUUCUUCCUCGUUUUUUCACUCUAUACUCAGCUGAUCUUGCUGCCAGAAUCAAGUUUUCCAGUUCUGAUGCAGUUAUGGAGGAUUAUUUGAAGAAUAAUUUCGAGUUGGAGGCCAAAAGGCCGUCCGAAGAAGCACAGAAUCGAUGGCGAUCAGCGGUCUGGCUUGUCAAAAACCCUCGCCGCCGCUUCCGAAUGGUCGCCGAUCUGGCCAAGCGCGCCGAGAUCGACAAGAAACGCCGCAGAAUGCAGGAGAAGAUUCGAGUAGCUUUGUACGUGCAAAAAGCUGCAUUAUACUUCAUCGACGCUGCCGAGCGAACAGAAAAGCACAAAGUUCCGGACGAGGUCAAGCAAGCUGGCUUCUACAUUAGCCCCGACGAACUCGCUUUAAUAGUCGGCACACACGACGUAAAGCAGCUCGAAUAUCACGCAGGACCGGAGGGAAUAGCAAAAAAACUAUCAGUCUCACUAAAAAAUGGGCUGUCCUCAACCGAAAUUCCGACAAGGCAGAAUAUAUUCGGCAUGAACAAAUUCGUCGAAAAACCUCCUAGACCCUUCUGGAUGUUUGUGUGGGACGCCAUGCAAGACCUAACUCUGAUAAUGCUAAUGGUAUGUGCUGUAAUUUCUAUAGGAGUUGGAAUUGCAACCGAAGGUUGGCCAAAGGGUAUGUAUGAUGGGAUUGGAAUAAUUCUCUCCAUAUUAUUGGUGGUGCUUGUGACUGCAAUCAGUGACUAUAAACAGUCAUUGCAAUUCAGGGACUUGGAUAAGGAGAAGAAGAAUAUAUCAGUUCAUGUUACGAGAAAUGGGAGUAGAAAGAAAGUCUCGAUUUACGAGUUGGUGGUGGGGGAUAUUGUGAAUUUAUCUAUAGGCGACCAAGUUCCGGCGGACGGGCUUUAUAUAUCGGGCUACAGUUUAUCGAUCGAUGAAUCAAGUUUAUCUGGCGAGAGUGAACCUGCCAAUGUGGCGAAAGAAAGGCCCUUUCUCUUGUCGGGGACCAAAGUGCAAGAUGGUUCUGGAAAAAUGCUUGUGACAUCUGUGGGUAUGAGGACUGAGUGGGGGAGAUUGAUGGUCACUCUGAGUGAGCGCGAAGAAGACGAGACUCCAUUGCAGGUGAAGCUAAAUGGAGUGGCGACAAUUAUUGGAAAAAUCGGUUUGGUUUUUGCUGUGUUGACUUUCUUGGUGCUCACGGCUCGGUUUUUGGUGGUGAAGGGUAUUAAUGGUCAGAUAAGAAAUUGGGCGAUUAAUGAUGCGCUGAAGCUUUUGAAUUUCUUUGCUAUUGCAGUUACUAUUCUUGUGGUUGCUGUGCCUGAAGGGCUUCCUUUAGCAGUGACACUGAGUCUUGCAUUUGCGAUGAAGAAACUGAUGAAGGAUAGGGCACUCGUUAGGCACCUCUCUGCCUGCGAGACUAUGGGGUCCGCCACAUGUAUUUGCACAGACAAAACGGGGACUUUGACCACAAACCACAUGGUGGUGACCAAGAUUUGGAUUUGCGGAGAGCAGAAAAAAGUGGAAAAUUACAAGCCUGAGAAUGUUUCUGAGAAAGUGAAAAAGACACUCAUGCAUUCGCUAUUUCUAAAUACGGGUGCUGAAGUGGUAAAAGGUAAAGACGGGAAGACAGAGGUACUAGGUUCGCCUACAGAGACAGCUUUAUUGGAAUUCGGGUUAUUGUUUGAAAGGGAUUUCGAUGCGGAGAGAGACGAGUUGAAGAUAAUAAAAAUCGAGCCUUUUAAUUCUGUGAAGAAAAAGAUGUCUGUGCUUGUGGCUCUUCAAGGUGGCGGUGUUAGAGCGUUUGUUAAAGGCGCCUCUGAAAUUAUUCUGGGCAUGUGUGACAAAAUGGAGGGGAGAAAUGGGGAAUCGGCUUCUAUAUCGGAAGAACAGAGGAAGAAUAUUACGAACGCCAUUAAUGAUUUUGCGAACGAAGCUUUAAGAACACUUUGUCUUGCUUAUAAGGAUGUGGAGAAAGCAUCCAAUGAAUCUAUUCCUGAUAACAACUACACGCUCAUUGCAGUUGUGGGAAUUAAGGAUCCGGUGAGGCCAGGUGUUAAAGAAGCCGUUCAGACAUGUUUAGAUGCUGGGAUUGUUGUAAGAAUGGUAACUGGAGACAACAUUAAUACUGCUAAAGCCAUAGCUAGAGAAUGUGGGAUCUUGACUGGUGAUGGUAUAGCCAUUGAAGGGUCUGAAAUUCGCGAUAGAAGUCCGGAAGAAAUGGCGGAAAUAAUACCCAAACUCCAGGUUAUGGCAAGAUCACUGCCUUUGGACAAACACAAACUGGUGACUAUGUUAAGGAAAGAGUUCAACGAAGUGGUGGCUGUGACUGGUGACGGGACUAACGAUGCUCCAGCUUUGCACGAGGCAGAUAUUGGUCUAGCCAUGGGUAUAGCAGGAACUGAGGUUGCGAAAGAAAGUGCUGAUGUGGUGAUAAUGGACGACAAUUUCACGACCAUAUUGAACGUUGCGAAAUGGGGUCGUGCGGUUUACAUCAAUAUUCAAAAAUUUGUCCAAUUCCAGCUGACCGUAAACAUUGUCGCACUCAUGACAAACUUUAUUUCUGCAUGUAUUUCAGGCUCGGCACCACUAACUGCUGUGCAGUUGCUUUGGGUGAACAUGAUAAUGGACACACUCGGUGCAUUAGCUAUUGCCACAGAGCCGCCACACGAUGGCUUGAUGAAGAGACCACCUGUUGGGAGAAACGUUAAUAUCAUUACGAAGAUUAUGUGGCGAAAUAUUAUUGGCCAGAGUAUCUAUCAGUUGAUUGUGCUUGGUGUACUCACUUUCGAUGGGAAGCAGCUCUUGAAACUCAACGGUCCGAAUUCGGACGCUACCCUUAGAACCAUGAUAUUCAACACCUUCGUUUUCUGCCAGGUUUUCAACGAAAUCAACAGCCGAGAUAUGGAGAGGAUAAACAUUUUCCGAGGCAUAUUCAGCAGCUGGAUAUUCGUUAUGGUUAUGGUCUCUACAGUGACUUUCCAAACAGUGAUGGUACAAUUUUUGGGCAAAUUUGCCGAUACUGUGCCGUUGAGUCGAGAUUUGUGGCUGGUUAGUAUAUUGAUUGGAUCUGUAAGUUUGAUUGUUGGAACUGUUCUCAAAUUCAUCCCAGUUUCUACCAAGAGCUCUCGAGUUUUCGAGCAUCACGAUGGAUAUGAGCCUUUGCCUACAGGGCCUGAUCUUGCUUGAAGAAUUUCAGAUUUAUUUGCAGAGCCAGAAAUUAGAUGUACAAGGUGAAGUUCAGAUUUUGCAUAUGCUCAAUAGAAAAAAAAAGGUUUUUUUUAUAGUUAUAUAGGUUUAUAUUCAAAUUAUAUGGCUUAUUUAUUUAUUUUUUUUGUAUAUUUUUUUAUUGAGGGGUUAGAAUGAUGGGACAGAGGAAUGGUGGGGAUUAUAUUCUAUUUUUCCACUGUACAAAUAAUUGAAAUUUGCUCUUCUUUGAUUAAUUGAAUAUAAGCUUCAAAUAA